CAUGUUCAGCAUCCUCUGGGCAGCUGAGAAAGCGAAAGAACGCACGAGAGAGAGAGUCAGCCAGCGAGCGAGCGAGAGCAGUGAGGUGGAAACGAGGGUGAGCAUCACAGAAAGACACAAAUAGAGCGAUAAAGCGGCGAAUUAGGCAGCCAGGCGGCGGCGAGGGGGGGAGGAAGAGGAAAAAACGCCGAGUCCUUGGCACGUCCCUACUCCAUUCGAGAUCCUCUCUUUCCCCCCUCUUUUUUUCCCCCCGUGUGUGUGUGGAUGUAAGCACCCAGUGGAUAUUCCUGAAGCCGGAUGCCGGGAUCCACGCAGGCCAGAAUGGAUCCGGCACCGGCGCUGACCCAGAUUGGAAAGAUCGGACCGGUUGCCGGUGUUAUAGGGAUGUGACGUUUGUCUCCGCGAGCUACCCAUAGCAAUCCGGAUCCUCGAUAGUACUCAGUACCUGGAGGAUCAGCAACAUCUGUGCGUGGAAGCAGGCUGACUUUGUGGCGGAGGGCCCGGCAGAUGGUGACACUGCAGCAGCACUUCUCCAGGAUGGAGGAGACUGUGAGGACGCUACUGCAGAACCAGGAUUCAUUGGAGGGCCCAAAGGUAGACCCACUGGACCUCAUGAAAGCAUACAAGGACAAACUUUUGGAGGAAAUGUGGAAGCAGCAGGACAGUCUGGAGGGUCCGGCUCCUCCAGAAAUGGAGACGUCAGAAUCACUUGAGGCCGGCGGUGGUACAGAUGAAAACAACAGCAAUUCGCUGCUUGUACGACUCAGAGCACUUGAGGCUGAGAACUCGGCUCUGUCCUUGGAAAACGACAACCAGAGGAAGCAAUACGAGCGUUGCCUGGAUGAGGUGGCCAACCAAGUAGUUCAGGCUCUUCUCACUCAAAAGGACUUGAAAGAAGAAUGCGUCAAACUGAGGACACGUGUCUUUGACUUGGAGCAGCAGAACCGCAUCCUAAAUGUCUUGUUUCAACAACGAGUUCGAAUGUCCCCAAGUCCUGCACCCCAGGAAAUUCAAAGGAAUGGAAAAGUGGCAAUCGGAGCAGGAAGAUGGCCCAGUCUCUUGAGCCUAACCUGCCCACGUAGUAGUGGAAGUGACCUCUCUUUAUCCAGUGCUGGUAGUGAAUACUCUAGCGGAUCACACACUUGGGCUGAUGGACGAGGCCUGUCCAAACAAUGCCCCACCAGCCGAGACAAAAGGAUGAGUGCGGGCUCUGUAUCGGGUCAUCAGACAGAUAUUGGCUGGAAGGAAGGCCACAUCCUGAAAGGGCUGAAGCGUCUUCAGACAAGUGUCUCUAAGGAAAAACCUCCUCAAUCAGUACAGCACUGCAAGGACUGCAUGACCUCAAAUGAAGGUAUCUAUUCACUGGGCAUCAAGAAUAAUCUAAUGGGGACGACGGACAAGACAAAUAAAAAUGUCAACGGAGGAAUCACAACUCUGGACUCUGAUGAGAGCAGCAACGAUUCUCGUAUGUCACAAAGUCAAGAAUCCAGCGAUAACACAUCAGUCCAGACAGAUAGUCCAAAAGAACCUGUAGGUAGCACAGUUUCAGAUAACUUCAUAUUCUCAGCAGACCCAUCAGUGCAGCUUGAAAAUGGUAGCCUAGAGGAACACUCACAAGUACAAACUGAGAACUCUGUUGACAUGUUAAGCGACAGCAACAACAACCAGGAACGAUCAAGUGACCGUAAAUCUCGGCUGGACCGCAUGGACUUGGAAUCUCGAGCAAGGGAUGCAAAUCCAGCCGUUCGGCAUUCGGCUACUAAGGCUUUAAGUUGUGUAAGCGAAGCCAGGCAGCGUAGCUCUUCGGCAGAAGUUUCUCACCACGGGGACAGUGGGAUUCCAAGGAACCUAAAACCAAAACCGCAGCUUUGUGACUCUGCCAGGAAGGCGUUCAUACUACGCAGCAAGAGUGCCGACGCCGGACCGGAACAGCACAAACACAUCCACUCGCCUCUCCAUCAAAACCUCAUUCGAGGCCACAAAUCCGGCAGUCCGAACAAAAGGGCCAAUCACGGUAAACUGCACGGCCCAGGUCAUGAUGCAGAAAAAGACGAGAAUUCCACAUCGACUUGCAAGUCUCUGGAACGCGUGCAACAGCGCUCGCCUCUAGCGUCACCUGUAAAAAGUGCUACAGCUGUCAAGCCUUCUACGGUUGACGAAGACUCAAAGAGUCCAGCGACACAACCACAAACCGCCAAGAUUCUGCCCAACAAUGAGGAGUGUGAUAACAUACUGGAACAGCUCUCCGAUCCAUUUUAUUCAGAACUAGGAUCGCCACCGCCUCCGCCAGGUCGGACAACUUCUCUCCUCCUCAGAACCGCAUCUGAUUCCGGACAUGUUAGUCGCUCUCACAGCGCCACCGUGGGGAAAUCUAUUUCUGGUCACCAUACUAGCGUUUCAACAGACAAUCAGGCAGCCAAAGUUGUUUUCAACGCCCAUUCUUCCAGGAUGCCAUCGGUCCCCAAUACAGAAACACAUGAUUCAGAAUCAGCCGUUGAGAGAGCUGUCGCGUACCACAGCGGAAUGGUAGCACCUUCUAUGUUGCCAAAUCCAAAUGUGUUACAAAGAUCUCAACAAAGCAUCAGCGAGCCAAAACUUUCUGAAGUCCUGCCUCAGACAUAUUCCAAUGUAUACUAUCACAACUGUCAGAGUUCUGGGUCCAGGGCUGUAAAAAUGUCUCUUCCCGCAAAUGCCAGAUCCCACGAGGCAAUCUCAGGACCAGAAAGCGGUACAUUCCUUGUGUUAAGUCGCCAGAACAAAGAUGAUCCAAACAUGGGCAUGAAAAGCAUCCAAACCUAUCAGACAUACCUUUGCGACCCCCACAUGAUGCCUGAUUGCGGCAAAGCUCGCCGGAAGAUUGAGACCCGUUGUAAUUCUCUGGAUUCUGAGCCAUGUGGUGCUCCAGUCACCUCGGACGGUGGCGUGAUGCUGGACUGGGGCUUUGACGAGGAAGGCUGGCUAUUCAAGCGUUCCGUCUCCGUGUCCACCAGACCGCCACUAAAGCCAGUCAUGGGCAUGAACGGGGCCAAGGCUCGAAGCCAAAGCUUUGGAGCCCGCUACGUGGACCGACCCAGCUUCAACCGGUCUGGCAAGGUGCGCACUCAGAUCAAAACACACUCUGGGAGCUCCUUAAACUCCCUUGGUGACGUUCUCCCGGGAAGCAUGAGUUGUUCCAGUAGCUACCACUGCCCCAUGAACCGAUCCCUACUGAACAACUUCCUCAUCGAAGAAGGCUUGGCAUGUCCUCCAUGUCUUGGAUCCUCCAGUGAAAGACUCCAGAGUCUUAAACUCCAACGAGAACAAGCCAGACGCCUACAGAUCGAGCAACAGUUCUGCAGCGCCUUCGGAGAACCUGUCUGCGAAGAACCAGAAAGACAGAGUACCAUAACCACCAUCGAGGAAAAGGUGAUGCUUGGCAUUGAGGAGAACUUGCACAAGUCUCAGGAGCAGGAGAGGAGCAGCGAAGUCAAGCAGAAGUCUGGUUCCACCUUGGCUAACUGGUUUGGUUUCCGCAAGGGUAAGCUACCAGUACCCAGCAGCAAGAAAUCGGACCCGGUGAAGGUGAAAGACGAAAAGAGGGAUCAAAAGAUUACUUCCCUGCUAGGUGGGAAGCAGGCCAAGACGGAUAAGAAGAGAGACCGAAGAAAAAGUGAUGGAAAAGAGUGCUCUGUGGGAAGAAGAGAGUCGCACGAUGCAGUGCGAUCAUGCAUCUCAAUGCCUUGCCCAGGGAUAUCACUUCAUGAAACACAGGGACACAAUGACAUCAUUGGGGAUGCACAGAUGAUGAACCAGAGACUUGAUGGUGAAAACGGAGCCCUUAUCAAGACCACCCUCCAGGAUGCAGUUAUCGGGUCUGGCUGCAAGAUGCGAACGUUGGACAGCGGAAUCGGGACCAUCCCCCUCCCCGAAUCCUGCUCCUUCUUCUCCUCCAUCCUGCACCUACUCCCCAAGUCCUCCUCAUCAACUCCCGAGCCCGAGCCGCCUCUGGCUCGGGUCCCAGACUCCUCCGCCGACGAGUUGUCCCCGUUACCCCGGUGGAGGAUCCCCUCGGGUUUAAGGGACGACCGCGCCGGGUUGCCCAAUUCUCUGUCCGACGCCUCCCACAUCCAGUCAGUGCCUUUCCCUACCGUGGCCUUCCUCCAGCCUGUCCGACCCCCACCUCAACCUAUUGUGAUGUCUGCCCGUGUGUGUGAUACCCACAACAGAACCCAGAGACCCCCGCAAGGUGGAAUGGAACCAAAGAGGCUGACUUAUAUCAAAACAAAGACAAGAACCCCUCAGAGUCAACAGAAUGAGCAGACGAGGCUUCAGCUCGCCAGUUAGCUUUUGACUCCGUUGGUCAUUGGAAAUCUACACAAGAAGACCCAAAAUGCUCCCAGUUCUGAACCCCCAAGUGGACUAACUGCAUGCAAGAUUUGAACAUUGAAGGCGUCUGAUAUUCCCACCACCUGAUUGUGGUUCAACAAGUACAUACAAAAACACACACUCCUCUGUUGUCUCAACACAACACGCCGCAACAAAGACUGCGUCCGUUGCCUGGAUGGCGGUAACAGUUAUUCAGGAAACAUUUUGAAGCCCCUCCAGCAUCCAAUAUACAAAGCGCACAUUAGUCGCCAUCUGGCAAAAACAAACAAAAAAACCCACCUGUUAUUUUUCCUAUGGUGAUGUUUUUCUUUCUCAUUUUGGGCUCACAGUUGAUCAUCCCGAUCAUUGUUACUGUGUAUUGGAUUAAAACAAAGUGUAAAGGAAAGCUACAAGCAGCGAUGAACACUUCAUAUACAACUUUUAAUGGCAAAUGUUUAAAAAUGUGAUUUUGAUCCAAACCUAGAAAAUUUUUGUGAUCCCUAAUUACGGCUUUUUGGAUGAAGCCUAAAGAAAUACACCCAAAAGGAUGCUUUAACCCAAAAUGUCUGACUUUCUAUUCUAAUUCAGUUUUCAUGUGUCCUAUGAUAAUAGAUAAAUCUGCCUACUUUUGUGUUAAUUUGAUAUAAUGGUGGUAUGAAAUGGAGACCAUGUCAAAAACAAUGACUGCGCUAAUGUGAUUUUACAUGUUGAAAAUGAAUUUGGCACCCAAAUAUGUCUUUUCUUUAACCAUUUAAUAGUUUUUCCACCCCAAAAAAUUCACCAGGGAACGCUUACUUUUUUCAGAAAUUCUGGUUGCAACAUCACAACCAGAACUGAUGAACAUUUGUAGCUCUCUAGCAUUGCGCUAGACAGUACAUAUUGACUGAACAGAAUAGAAAGCCUAUGAUUAGCAUGCUAGCAAACUGUAAAAAUCUGCACCUAUUCUGGGUGUGACAUCAUCUUCUGCUUGGAGAUUUUUUAGUGGGCGGGGCCAAAGCAGCUGAGAAAAGAAGUAUAUUUGGUUUCUAAUUUCAUUAUUAAGCCUUUUUGAAUGGAUUUGUGUCCAUAAUAUGCUCGCUAUAAUUUUAAAGUCACGUCCUGUAGUAUUUCAAAGGACCUUUAGACACUGCUCUCCGCAGCUAUGAUUUAUUUAUUGUUAAACAAACAAGCAAACAGGUAUUUUGAGUUUAAAUGGUUUACUUCCCAUUGACUUCUGCGCCUUUUUACAUUUGUUUCUCUACCUCUUUCGUCCUUUCAGGUCAAACACGUAGUUAGCCCCUUUCAAUUCUUUAAAAAUCUGUCUGAGUUAUAUUUAUGCUAAAAGUUCAUAAUGGUUGUUAAAAAGUACCAUCAAUUACGCUUAAUGAUGUAAAGUUAAAAUGUCAGCAUAUUAUUAAUCAAGUCAAAUGUCUUUGCAACUAUGGAAAGGCCAUUCAAAAUGAACAUUUCUGCAUGAUCCGCUCAACUUUAGGCAUGGAUACUUGAGACUAUUUAGUCUGUCCUGUCUUGAUAGAGAAGAAUAUUUAUUUUUAAGCGUCAACUCAUUGGCUGAUAUUGACGGCGAUAGACGUCAAAUCCAUUUUGAAUGGGUAGCGAUCAUUCAGAUUCAGAUUCAACUUUGGUAGUACACACGUACAAGUACAGCACAACAAAAUCAGUUUGCAUCUAACCAGAAGUGCAAAAAGAGGGCAAAAAUUAAAAAUUUAAGUAACAUUAUUAAAACAAGGUCGUACUAUGAAUAAAUGUUACAGAUCGGUUAAGGUAUACUGUAGGUGGAGAAACUAUUCACAUAAAACAAGAAAAGGAAUGUGGCAUAUGUGAUAAUAAAUCAGGCAUAUUGAGAUGAUAAAUUCGACUAAAGUGUAUACGUGUGCAAAAUGACAUUAAACAGUGUCCAUGUUAGUUAUCUCGUAAAUUGUUAUGUAAACUAGUGCAUUAUACUAGUCCUUCUCAAAAAAUUUGCAUAUUGUGAUAAAGUUCAUUAUUUUCUGUAAUGUACUGAUAAACAUGAGACUCGUAUAUUUUAGAUUCAUUACACACAACUGAAGUAGUUCAAGCCUUUUAAUUGUUUUAAUAUUGAUUAUUUUGGAAAAAAGUCAAGAAAAAACAAAAAUCCCUAUCUCAAAAAAUUAGCAUAUCAUGAAAAGGUACUCUAAAGAAGCUACUAACCUAAUCAUCUGAAUCAACGAAUUAACUCAAAACCCCUGCGAAAGAUUCCCGAGGCUUUUAAAAACUCCCAGUCUGGUUCAUUACUCAAAACCGCAAUCAUGGGCAUGACUGCCGACCUGAAUGCUGUCCAGAAGGCCAUCAUUGACACCCUCAAGCAAGAGGCUAAGACACAGAAAGAAAUUUCUGAGUCAAUAGGCUGUUCCCAGAGUGCUGUAUCAAGGCAGAUCAGUGGGAAGUCUGUGGGAAGGAAAAACUGUCAGGAAACGGGCAGGCAGGUGGUGUGCAGACCCAAACGCAGGAAAAGGGAAGCGAGGCAAAAACAGGCGGUGCAAUAAUGUUUUAAUUAAUGCCCAAAAAAAAAAACAACAAAGUA